AUACCAUCAUCCAAAAACUACCUUAAUAACCCAACAAAAAUACCAUUAUCAUACGGAAAAUGGCAGCGAAUUUACGUAAAAGCCAAAAUCUUGUGGGGAGUCUGCAUAAAUGUUUCACCACGGCGGCCAGCGGAUCGUGUACGCUCCGUGGCCGGCUCGCUGCAGUUGACCAGUGACAAUCGAAAGCUGGACAAUCUCUCCGAGAAGUUUCAAUUUCUAUCCGCAUGCUUUCAGGAACUGCAGCACGGAGUUCCAAACUCCCAGGUCCAUGAACUCUGCACCGUUGCCGAUGUGAUAGCAUUUUACGAGACUCCUGUCGACACGACUGCGCCUUUGGAUGCUCUUAGGCGCACAGACCUUCCUGAGAAUUUGCACAUGCAGUACGAAUAUUUGCGUUUCAACCCCGAGACGGAUACCAAAUUUAAUGGAAAGACAGCGUUCCCGAAGAGCUCCACUCUGGUGACGGGUCUGAAAUACCGUGGCAAGUACGAAGGGCAUGAAGCCAAGCGGUCUUGGCCUUAGAAGAUAUUUUUUAGAGCUCGUUAGUUCGCGUAUAUUUUAUUAGUGUAUAAUAAAGUAUAUAAUAAUAAAGCUUGAGAAUCUAUAAUAA